AUGAUUCCUCACCCUGAAUUGCCCAUCGGGGCCUUCAUUGCGUUCAUCUGCUUAAUGAUUUGUUUACCUUCUCACCUUCGAGUCCGGAAUGUUGCAAGUUCCAGUAUGAACAUCUGGCUUUCCCUUGUCUGCCUCAUCUCGGGCAUCAAUUCUGUGGCCUGGGCCAUGGAUAUGAUUGUCCGCUUUCCUAUCUGGUGUGAUAUCGCAGUAACCAAAAUUCUUAUCGGAAGCAAUGUCGCAUUUCCAGCAGCUGCCUUCAGCAUCUGCCGUUUCCUCUGUGAUGUUGCACGACCAAAUGCAAAGGAGCAAACAAUCAAGACAAGAAGAUCCCGUGCUUUCGUGGAGAUUGUGCUAUGCUGGGUGCAGCCAAUUGUCGUAAUGGCGCUUCACUACAUCGUUCAGGGCCAUCGCUAUGAUAUAUACGAGUACAUUGGGUGCCAGCCCACCUAUUACGACACCUGGGCGGCUCUUUUCAUUAUAAACAUACCCCCUUUGGUGUUCUGCUUCGGCACUUUCGUUUAUGCUGGGCUUGCCUUUUUCUACUUUCUGCAACGUCGCCGUGACUUUGAGCUCCUGACCAAGAUGAGCCCGGACAUGAACGCCAACAGGUACAUCCGUCUCAUGACGGUCGCGACUGCCGAAAUGAUCUGGGGUACUCCAUGGUAUCUCUUCGUGCUCGUAUCACAAUUCACUGAUUACGCCUUUCAGCCUUGGGUCAGCUGGGACUAUGUUCACUCGAACUGGUAUCGCGUCGGCCAAUAUCCCCUUAGUCUGCUCACCCCAGAAGAGCGCAAUAUCCAUCUAGCACUAUGGUGGGUCACCCCGGUGUCUGGCUUCCUCUUCUUUGUAUUUUUCGGGUUUUCCGAUCAAGCAAUGAGGGACUAUCGGGGUGUGAUCCGCUGGGUCCGUGUGCACAUUCUGCGCCACAACCCAGACACCUCCGGUCGAACAAGGUGGGUAUCAUUCAGAGUACUUCUCGAGCGAUGCUGA